AUGGACAACAGUGGGUCGCUUCCGUCCGUGCUUAUCCACACCUCCAGCCCUCUCAGAAUGGAAGCUGCGAUUGGUCUGAUUUUUUCACUCCACCUUCCUUCGACGCCGUUUGGCACUUUAUCUCGCUUCCACCUUUCUUUCUUCACCUCCCCCUCCGUACACCAACAAUGUUUCCAUCCAACGGCCAAGUCGGCAUCGUCCGUCCCCUUCAUCCGUGCCUCGUCUGGGAGGCUGGAGACUCGAACGAAGCAGCUCAUCCGAACGCCCAUGUCCCCGAUCCUGGCCCGCUCCCGCAUCCAACUAUGCUCAACCCCUGCAAUAACCACUGCCGCCACACCAUUUCCUAUGCAAGCUGAUGCCGGGACCGCUGUACCCAACGUGGUGAUCAGAGCCACAGACGGCACGUUACUGCUGUCCCGCUGGAACCGCAAGUUUAUCCGGAAUAUCAACGACAAGCUUUGCAACAACUUUGAGCAAACAUCACAGGGGCAAUUCGGCAGCCAGAAUUCUCUCCUUUCGGCGUGUCUUUGUUGUGUCGUCCACUUCAUAACACAUUGUUUGGCUUGUGUUUGUUGUCCGAGUCUGGUCUUGGAAGGCUUGUGGUGCUGGACGGUGUAUGCACCGUAUGCCAAGAACACCGUAUUGCUUGCCCACAUGGUGGCCCCGUUGCUGCUGUUUCUUGUAAUUGUGCAGUUUGCCUUCGCCCCGAAUAUUCAUACGAAGUUUGGACUUCGGAGCAGCAUCUUUGACAUUCAGAGGUUGCGCCGUGUUCUUCCAAAGGACCGCCGAGCCCGGUCCAGAGUGGUGUCCGAUGAGUUGCAUACACCCAUCUCUUCUCCUUCCACCCUCCAUCUCAGGCAUUGCUCCAGCCAUGGUAUUCCAGCGGCCCAGCCUUACAUAGUUUUAGUGAGCACUUGGGCGAGAUCCUCCAGUGGCAACCAUCUUAUCAGUUUUCCUGCCGGCUUGUUGGUCCUGUCCGCCCUGUCCCGUACAGUUCUCGUUGCCACCGUAUCGAGGUCAACUUCGCUGUUCCAGUGGUAUCCUCCCUUGACUAUAGGCACGGCCAACACUGUCAGCCUCAACACCCCUACCUCCGGAUUAAAGGUUGCCACCGCUCCUGGUAACGCAGUGCGGUUCCCCCAAAUAAGCACCACCUCCAGCCGCAAUGCGCUGAGACAGCAGCGGGCGGCCUGA